AUGUUCGAUACUGAUGAUCUUAACUUUUUUCGGCAUUUUCUCUUUGAGGCAUAUCCGACUCUUCCAAUCGAUGGGUUCUCUGUUUGGCAACAGGCUUCGCAGCUUUCACAUGAGUAUGACUUCCUACUGCACUCGAUGCUUGGCCUUGGGGCUUCCCAUUUAAGUCUCAUGGCACCUUCUGGAUAUGAAAGGGCCGCGUUAAAGCAUCGAAUCAUUGCAAUCAGCGCCUUGAACAAGUACCUCACAAAGCCUGACCUUACCAAGCGAGACGUGGAAGCCGCAUUUGGUACUAUGCUUAAUCUGACUUUUCAAUCUGCGCAUAUGAAUGAGGGUCUGGUUGACUUUCUCACCACGAUCCGAGGCUGCUGGCUUGUUGGAACACAACCCCAUGUCGACCUAGAUCACACUAUCUUCAAGACAUUCGGAAGACUGAGCUAUGUUGAGAGGAUCAAGGCCAUUGUCAAUGAGAACGAUGAAACGAAUCGUAGUCUGGACAACUUCAUCGCCGAGGGAUUUUGUCAAAGUAUAAAGAAACUUCGCCCUUUGUGCCACAGUGUUGCCGAGCUACAAUAUUUAACACAUAUGCAAAAGGUCGCAACUCUAGCAUCUACAAAUCCAGCCGAAAGUUACCGCGAACUUUCUUUCCUUUAUGACGGACUCGGAAAACUCAGCAACGAUGACUUUACAUCAUUUAUCGACACUAAGAACCACACCUCGCAGCUGGUUAUAAUGCACAUGCUUAUCCUAGAAUUCGUUAUGAGCCGUAAAGCGAUGGAAGAGGGUGGGAGGUCUACGCUGGGCCAGAAAGGCUACUAUUGCAGGAAAGCCAUGUCUAAGGUUUGGGUUCAGCAGAUUCUGAGCAGACUCCCCCUUAAGUAUUGCGAGUACGGCGAGUGGCCUUUGAGGUUCAUCGAUAGUCUCAAUUACUCGUUCGAUGACGAAUAUCAGGUUUGGAAGCCUUUCUUCCUGAGCAGUGGGAGAGCGAUUUUGGUCGAGGGAAAUACGUUCUCUUUGGCUGUAAGAUAG